AUGAAAAGGAUCAAGAGGUCUAAGAAACGAGACGAAAGGAAUGAUAUAAACGAUCCGUUUAUCAUGAUUCCUAUGGAACUCAAAGUAAUGAUUCUCAUGAAACUGCCGCCGAGAUCCAUAGUCAGGCUCCAUUUCGCUUCUAAACACUUGUCAUCGAUCAUCCUCGGCAAAGAGUUCACCGAGAUGUACAUGACUCGAUCUUCGUCUCAGCCUCGUCAUCUUGUCUCAGUGCACCGUGGCAGCGACAUGCAGCUCUUUCACUCCUUCUCUCAGGAGGAGCAUUCUAAUGAUCACGACAAGCCUCGUCAUCUUGUCUCAGUGCACCGUGGCAGCGACAUGCAGCUCUUUCACUCCUUCUCUCAGGAGGAGCAUUCUAAUGAUCACGACAAGGUUAGCUAUACACUGGAUCCGGAUGUACGGUAUGUAUUUACUCCACCUGUUCGCGGCUUGAUCUGCGGUCGAAACGGUAUCAAGAUGAUUAUUGGGAACCCUAGUACGGGUCAGUUCAUAUCGUUACCAAGAGUCAAAACAAGGAAAAAAGAGAUUUUAUCUGUUUUUGGAUAUGAUCCGGUUAAUGAUGUAUACAAAGUUUUGUGCAUGACGGUGAUAACUCAACGUGGUAAUAUAGCUCGUGGUAUUAUAACCCGUGAUAUUUUCUUGGAGGAUGUAAUGGCGUGGGAGGCUAUUGUGUCGGAAGAGCAUCAAGUUAUCACUCUAGGAGCUAAACAAAAAUGGAGAAUGAUCAAGUGUAAGUAUCCUCAUCGUCAUUAUUCUGGAUGUCAAGGGAUAUGUAGGGAUGGUGUUCUGUAUUAUCUAGCUUCUUACAAACAAAAACGAUCUCUAAUGAGCUUCGACAUGAGUUCUGAAGAGUUUAAUGUUACUAAGCUACCCGAUGAUUAUGGUCUUCAACAGUUUGGUAAUCUGGUGAAUCACAGUGGAAAGAUAACCAUAGUGACUCAGGCAUAUAAUGGCCCAAUGGACCUAUGGGUUCAGGAUGAUGUCAACAAAGAAGUAUGGUCAAAAACUGCUGCUGUGGUUCCUUCUGUGGCUGAUAUAUUUGGGGCAGAUCAACGUCUCAUGUUCAGGGGUAUACUUCCUACUGGCGAGAUCAUAUUUAAACCGCUCCCAUCCCCUAACCCAUUCUUUUUUCUUUGUUACGACCCCAAGGAAAAAAAUGUUAGAAAAGUUGUGAUUGAUGGAAUUGGAGAUGACUCUGCUAGUAUCCAAGUCUUUUUCGAUCAUGUAGAGAGUUAUAUGGUUCUGUGA